CUGUUCUUUUUCUUUAUAACCAAUUUGACCUGUACAUAUUUGCUACUUAGCAUCAUUCUUCAUUUGUGUUUAAACAUUAAAAAAGUUACAUAACCUUCAUUGUUAGAGACCUUAAACUCUCUGGGUGAAUAAGAAUUUAGGGAAUUAAACCAAAAGGCAGCCAUGGAGAUGCAGGAGAUCCCCACAGAGAGCCCACAAAGCAAUGAAGAGGAGGGAACAGGUGAGCUGGAGGUGAUAACUCAAGAGGAAGCAGAACCAGUUCGUUACGAAAGCCUGCAAAGUCCGUCAGAGGAUGUCUAUGUAGAAGCCUUUCCUCCAGCAGUCAAACCAGGAGAUGGCAAACAGGAUGAAGGAAAAACAGGACUCUACCGUCUGUUGUGUUUUAUCCUCGCAAUAAUCUGCCUCAUUCUUCUCGUAGUUGUUGUCGUUCUCGGUGUGAAACUCCAAACUGAAUCCACACUCUGCCAAGGAAAUGACAGAUUUAAUGACCAACAAAGUCCUUCUCCAUCAUGCAGCCUGGAAAUCUGCCAGCACCGCUUCCCAAAGAUGACAUUCAAGAAGCUUCCCUGCCGGCAGUGCGCUAGCGGCUGGCUCACCUUUGGCACAUCCUGUUUUUUCUUGUCCACCACCAGACUGACCUGGUCCGAGAGUCAGAAGAACUGCAGCUCAGGAGGAGGAUCUCUGGCUAUUGUUUCCAGCCAGACUGUUCAGAAUUUCCUCACAAGGAAAGGGAAUCUGAAGUACUGGAUUGGACUGAGACAUGAAGACUCUACAUGGAACUGGGUCAACAACAAUGAACUCCAACAGAGCUAUUGGACUGAAGCUGUACACAACGGAGACUGUGCCUAUCUGAACAGUGACGGCCCAGUUGAGAAGAACUGGGACAGAGCUUCCUGUCAAUCCACCACCUACUUCAUCUGUCAGCUGCAGUUCUGAUGGAAACUGUCUCAUCAACAAUCGUCUCCAUAGCAACACAACCAACAGCUCAUUUUCACACCACUCUAAUCAUAUCCAAGCUUCUUAGAUGAUGUAAAUAUUAAAUUUGUGGUCUGAAUUCAAUGUAUGCCAUUGAGUUAUAGCUGUGAUAUGAUUUGUGCCUUAGUAGUUUGGCUUUCAUCAACUUUAGUCAGGAACCUAUAAUGUUUAUGAUGAUACAUUUCAUGUUGACUCAAAUAAAGACCAGUAAAUUUGUUUUAA